AUGUCCGGUACGGACAAUCCUGGCUUCGUGACAGCAGAUGAUGCCGGCCUUCCAGCGGUCCAGCCACAGAUUGACUCAAAACCACCGCCGGUGUUAGAACAGCUCGAAAAACCACCGGCCGUCGAGCGGGAAAAAUGGGACAAGGGUGUCGAGUUCCUGAUGUCCUGCAUCGCACUGUCGGUGGGGCUGGGCAACGUGUGGAAGUUCCCGUCGACCGCGUUCCGUAAUGGUGGCGGUGCGUUCGUUAUCCCGUACCUGAUUGUGCUGCUCGUUGUCGGACGACCGAUCUACUACCUGGAGAUGGUGAUGGGACAAUUUUCGAGCCGUGGCAGCGUAAAGGUGUACGAUGUGUCGCCCAUCAUGCGAGGUAUCGGUAUUGCACAGAUGGUUUCGAUUUGCGUGGUGAUCGUAUACUACGCGGCAACGAUCGCGACAGCAAUCCGAUUUUUCAUCGCCUCCUUCGAAAGCCCGCUGCCGUGGGCCAGCUGUGACGUAAGCUGGACCGGUCUCAACUGUGUCAACUCCUCCAAUUCCGGCCCAACGCCGGCGUUCAACAACUCGCUACCGGUAAAAACGUCCGCCGAGCUGUUCUACACACACUCCGUCACCGGCGAAGGACUGCUCGUUGAGGGGGAGUUCGGUGCACCCGACUGGAAGCUAACGCUCUGUCUACUGUUCAUCUGGGUCGUGAUGACCAUCAUGAUGGUGAAGGGCAUCCGCGGAUCGGGCAAGGUUGCCUACUUUCUUGCCCUCUUCCCGUACGUCGUGCUGAUCUCGUUUGCGGUGUAUGCGUUCACGCUCGACGGUGCCGGCGAAGGUCUGAAAUAUUUCAUCACGCCCGACUGGGAUAAGCUGCUGAAUGCGGACGUCUGGAAGGAAGCCGUCUCGCAGUGCUUCUUCUCGCUGUCGAUCUGCUUUGGCGGUGUGAUUGCAUUCUCCUCGUACAACAACUUCAGCAAUAACAUCUACCGGGAUGCGAUGAUCAUUUCCUGGCUGGAUACAUUUACUUCCCUACUGUCCGGCGCACUGGUAUUUUCUAUUAUCGGACACUUGGGCCAUCUGACCAAUGAAACGGACUACACGAAGGUGGUGAAACCGGGCAGUGGGCUUACGUUCAUCACCUACCCGGACGCGCUGGCGAAGUUCGAGCACGUGCCAAAUCUGUUCGCGCUGCUGUUCUUCUUCAUGUUGCUAACACUCGGCGUCGGCAGCUGUACCGGGCUUAUUAACAGUGUUUUGACGGCACUGCAUGACAGCACACCUCGCCUCAAGUCCUGGAAGACGGUCGUUACGAUCGGAGUGCUCGGAUUUGCGUUGGGACUACUCUUCGUCACACCAUCCGGUUCCAAGAUGUUGGACUACUUUGACUACUAUGGUGUGCAGUUUGUGACGCUCACCUCUGCCAUCUUUGAGCUGUUUGCGUUCUGCUGGCUGUAUGGCAUUCGUAACCUUACCAGAGACAUUCAGUUCAUGCUGCAGCGCCGGACCGGGUUCUUGUGGCGAUUCUGUUGGAAGCUGCUCACGCCAGCGAUGCUGAUCGUCGUGCUUAUUAUUGGGCUGGUAAAGAGCCAACGUCCACAGGGUAUUGACGAUGUUUAUCACGUUCUCGGUUGGUGCAUCUAUGUUGGAGCACUAGUACCGAUCCCAGUGUGGGCAUGGUUCGCCAUACGGAAGCGAAAUGAAUCCACCCUCAAGAAGCGCAUUGUUGCCGCCGGUAAACCCCUGUCCGAUUGGGGACCAGAAAGUUUGGAGGUGCGCAAACAAUAUCUGGAGUUCUGCAGCAACUACCAACCGAUGGAUUCGCGCUGGACCAGGUUACGACGAGUGCUGCACAGAAAUGACAAAACCUAUCGCGUCUCCGUUUAA